AUGUCCCGACGAGCACGAAACCAUGAGUACUACGAGGAGGACCUCUACGAGGAAGAAAGCGAUACAUAUCGACGUCCGCGGAGGUCUCGACGCGAGCGCUUCGCCGAAGACGAUGAAUUGCAAUACGGACGUCGAAUGACCACCCCGCUUCCCGUGGAAGAUCUGGAACGCCUACACAUACGAGAACGGUCAAAGCCUGACUUUAUUCGCGAGAGCUUUGAUCCACCGCGGAACCCUGGUCCCCUGGCUGUGAUGCGGGAGCGGGAGGAAAAUGAGAUGGACAUGCUUCCUCGCGAGACAUUGAGGGACUACGAGCGGGACAGGCACGAGCGUCGUGAGCGACCUCGGAAUAGGAGGACCGCUAAGGAGGAGGAUAUUUACUUCCAGGAGGUAUUGGAAAGACGGAGGUAUGCAGGGGCCGAAUCUGGCGAGGGAGAAGUUGAGCUGCAGAGAGAAAGGCCGUCGAUACCGCGACCUAACUUGGAUGACGAGGAGGAAUUUGUACGCUUACGUCGCAACAAGAAAGAGAAGAAAAACUCGCGGAUGAAACACGCGGAACUUGAGAUUGAGCGAGAUGAGCUCUAUCGCCGUGGAUCUGACGCCAGGCUGGAGCAUACCAUGCUCCACAGUGAUGUUAGAGAACGUACACCAGCAGCACGCUUACGAUCCCACCGGCCUCGGCAGCUGGAUGGAGACGAAGAGGAUGAAGAGGAUAUCAUUAUCCGAAGAGAUGAGCGGAGGGGUCGAAGGGGUAGGUUCAAGGAAAAGGAAAAGAUUACCAUGCGAGAAAGAGGAAUUUCGACGUCCCCGGAGUCGCCAAGUUCGAGAGAGCUUUCGCAGGUUCGGAAGUCUCAUGUUACAUCUCGUGAACGCAUGAGAGAUGGUUAUGAAUUGCCUCGUGCACCACUUGCACCCAGUCCAGAGCCUUCUUCUCCCAGUAGCUUCGAGGAGUUGGAGAUUCGUCACCGUACACGAGGACGCCCAAGAAAAGAGAAGAUCAUUAUAGAACGACGCAAUGAUACUUCACCUCCAUCCAUACUUUCAUCUUCAGAAUCUGGCAACAAGAGCGAGGACGAAAUUGACAUCUCUCACGCAAAAUUCAAGACCUCAAACCGAAAAGAGGACGUUUUGAUUAUGGAACGUCAACCUCAACGCCACGAAAGUGAUGAAGAGGUCCAGGUCUUCGAGGAGGAACAGUACACCCGGCGCGAUGCGGGAGGGCCUCAGCGGCGGAGCACACCCACAGUCACGGUUGAAGAUAAAGCGAUAGUCCGGGUUGACUCAGGAAGCCAUGGCAGUGCAGAGCAGGAGAUGCGACGGGAGCGGCGUGUAUCCACACAGCGAUCCCGAUCCAUCAAGGGCCACGGAAGACUGUCUGACGAGAACAUCGACCGCAAAGAUGGUCGAAUCGGACGGCGAUACAUUGGCGUAAAGGACAAGCGAGAUCGUCUCUGGACAGAAAUCACCAAGGACCUUGUGGUCAGGGAGGCCAUUGAGCGGGCUGGCUAUGAAUACGAGGAAACUGAAUCGUUCUAUUACAUAUUCUCGUAUCUUGGAUAUGACGAUAUAUCAGCCCUUGUCGCACUAUCGGAGGACAUCCGCCGUGCACGGCGCCAGCGAAUUCAGGCGAUUAGCAGGGAGCGAGCCUCCAUGCGUAUUCCAUUCGCACCUGAACCGGUCGCACCCGCUCCCGUGUUACUGGGGAGGCCGCCGUCUCCGCGUCUCCGACCUCGGGAUGAGCGGAGACUGAAGAAAGAGCGGGAGCUCAUUAUCGAAGAAGGACGAUGGAGACCAGGUCCAGCUCCGUUGGACAGAUGGUGA